UUUUGUAACGUGGGUCUGUGGUCUGAAAGCGGCGUCUCCUACCGCAUGAAUGACAGAAGGACGAGACGGUAGAUCUUUGGUGGUUAACUAAGCACUUUUAUUGAGAUAUAAGAAAUCCGCGAAGAAGGUGAAAUUCAUCUGGCGUUGAUAAAUUUCCAUUACAAUAUUUGUAAAAAGAAAUGACAGCUAUCAACGGGCAAGGGAAAGACCAAGUCAUAUUUGUUACUAAGGAAGAGCAUGAAAUUCCCAGCACUGUGAAACUGGAAGAGGAGGAUCCAAAUGAGGACCUUGAAGGAAAAGGCCUCAUCCUGCCGACUGGUGAGAUAAACUGGGACUGUCCAUGUUUGGGUGGGAUGGCGAGUGGAGUGUGUGGAGAGCAGUUUAAGUCUGCGUUCACCUGCUUUCACCUCAGUCAAGAAGAGGUGAAGGGAUCUGACUGUCUGGAGCAGUUCAUAUCCAUGCAGGAGUGUUUCCGUCAACACCCCGAACUCUUCCCUCAGGACAACAAUGAUCUACAAACUGCAGAUCCGGACCAAAAACACCCCUCAUCCAUCUCUGACUUUACAACAAGCAGACAGUCGGACUCUUUACCCACUGAGACAGAUGAGAUUCCCUCACAGCUGCCUGUAGCCAGUUAAAAAGCAGCCAUUUAAGCAUUUAUUUACUAUAAUCUAUUGAUGUAGACAAGAACAGUGUAAACAUAGGUGGAUUAUAUGGUGAGUUUGGUAAAAAAAAAUGGUAGGGAUGUCCCGAUCAGGUUUUCUUAGGCUCUGAGUCAUUUGAUUUUGAGUAUCUACUGAUACCGAAACUCGAUCCGAUACUUCUAUAAUACAUAAAAAAAAGAAUAAAGAAGA